UCGACUGACUGUGUACCGUUCGACAAUUUAACAUAUUCAUUCUCAUUUCAUUUCGUCGUGUAUUUGUGUACGUACGAUACUCGUUUUCAUCGUCGUCGUCGUUAAAUUUGCUGUCGGAACCUAACCAAAACGUGCCAAGUUCAUGGAAAACGAAUUAAAUACUGUAUUUUAGUUGAACGAUAGAGAAAACAAAAAAAUACAUAAAACAAUUCCGUCAAUUCCUUGAUCUGAAAUAACAAUUUACGCCCGAUAUUAGCGAUAAAUAGCAGAAAAAUAUGGCAGAUAAUAACGCAAAUCAAGAAAGACCGCGUGGGUUCGAAGCACUGAAACAACACAUCAUCGACAAUAAAGUGGAUGUUGCGCUCUGGGCAUCGCGUGUACUCACAAUCAUCUUCGCUUUUGGAUAUGUGCUUCCGAUAUUCGGAAACGCCCAAAAUGCAUUCUACAAAGUAUUAUUGGCUAAUGCAGCAACCAGUGCUUUACGUCUGCAACAGAGAAUGCCACGACUUACGUUCAGCCGUGAAUAUUUUGCAUUGCUGUUGGUCGAAGACUCUUGCCAUUAUCUGUUCUUCUCAACCAUUUUCCUGUAUGUUAGCCCAUUCAUUUUGAUCUUGUUGCCGGUGGUUUUGUUCGCUAUUUUGCAUGCAGCCAGCUACUCACUCACUCUGUUGGACCAACUCGGUCAAAAUUCGUGGUGGGGUGCACGUCUAAUGAUUUCACUAGUUGAGCUCCAAACGUCAAACAUCCUGCGAUUGGCUGCAUUGUCUGAAAUUCUGUUGAUGCCCCUAGUUAUCAUCUUUGUGUUCUUCGGUCGUGCCGGUUUAAUGACACCAUUCAUCUACUAUCACUUCUUGGCAUUGAGAUACACAUCGCGUCGUAACCCAUACAACCGAAAUAUGUUCCAUGAGCUUCGUUUGGCUACCGAAUCACUGGCCAACAAUCCAAGAGUGCCGCCAAUUGGUAAAAAACUGUUGUUGUCCGGUAUUGCAAUCGUCGAAAAAUUAGCUCCAGCUCUUGCACAAGCUCAGCAUUAACGACCAGUUAAAAUUAUGUCGUCUAAUUGCACCAAUAAUUGCGAAAUAUAUUUUUUUUUUGUUUUAAUUUGUAUUAAUUUAAAAAGAAAAAAAGAACAGUACACCUUAUGCAAUUGUAAUUAAACAAAAUAAGAAACAAAAGUGAGUGCACAAAAGAGCAUGAGUUUUGUGUACAAAAUCGGUUAAGGUUUUCAAAAUGGUCUAAUUUUUUUUUAAGAUGGCAAAUCACACCUAACUUAAUUAUAUGUCAACUCUAUCUAUUAAAACACACAAACACAAACACACCGUGAAUCUGUAUACAUGAACAAACAACUGCAUCGGAAUCAGUUCAGGCAUUAGUAAAAUUAAACGAUUUUUGCCGCAGUGAAAUUGAUCUGCAUCAAAUCAAAAGUGUUGUAUUGAGAUGAACAAAAAUCAAAUAAAACUAACUUUUCUAUCGGAAAACCAAAA